AUGCCCCUCAAUGUCUCACCUCUUCCCACUUCACAAUCUCUGAACCUGGACGCUGUCGAGGACUCGGAAACCCAGCAGAGAACCACCGAGGAUCUUCAGGGAGACAAUGAUGUAGAUACUCGAGGCCCGGGCGCCUAUGUCUUGCAACUUGCGGCACUGAGGGAGAGUGACCCGACGCACAUUCUCUUUCGCCGCUUCACAGAGCUCGCUUCGUUGUCUCUCGACUUAGAAGGCAAUCAUCUAGAGCAGCUGGGACAUGAUCUCAGGCAGAUGAUCCUAACAGGCGAAGAGGGCGUCGAUGACUUCAACGACAAGUUUCUGGGGAAACUUGGCCGUUAUUAUCAGUUUGGGUGCAGCUUGCGGACGGUUCUUGGGUUUUCCGAACCAAGCCAGCCAUUUCUGGGGAACGUACUAGCUUCUGCCAAACAAUCUUGGGCCCCAGGACAAGGUCUCCAUUUGAACGCCUCUGACCAUGACUUUGCGUCGCUCUUUGACACGGAGAAGUUCGACCAGGUCUUCACCUAUUUGCCGCAUCGGCCAUGGGUUCGGCGCUUUCUGAACAAGUUCAACCCAAGAACUGAGCAGGGCGGUAGUUUCGAGGCCAUAUGGGUUCCUGGGGAGUACGUUCGGUUCGCUAGCGUUGGUAUCUUCAACACGUGCGUCGGCAUUUUUGUAGUUGCCCCAAUGGCUAUCCAGGCACUCAAGGUGACAACUCCUGCCGGUGAGGUUGCCACGUACCUGGUGUUCGUGCUUAUAGCCGGCUUCGCGAUCCAGAUGCUCGUGCCUGGCUUCACUAGGCAGCUCCUGGUAUAUCUAGCAUAUGCCGGAGUGAUGGCGGCUGUCAUGAGACAGUAG